AUGGAUCUCACGCCGGGAUGUGGAAGCCCACCGGGGGCAGUUUCCCGUAACGCACGAGUCGCCCAUCAAGAGCCAUCAUCUGAUCAAGAUCCAAAACAUGGUGUUUGUCCCGGCUGCGGCAAUCUCAACGCCGAUUACUUUGAGCCUCCGGAAGACGAGCGGCUGGUCACCAAUGCCCCUGCGGGCGCUACCCUUAGAGUUCCCGUGGUGGAAUUGAGGAAUGCUUCGGCGCAUUGUCUCGCUUGUCGGGCUAUUAUCGGGCUUCUCGAGGACAACAUUGAAGACUUUGACGACGAAGAGCUCGUGGUGAUCAAAGCAUACGAGAGAAAGCUGGUGUUUGAACUGAACCAAUAUGGCCGUCCAGACGGGAGGUUUGAACUGUACCGGCACAGCGAAGGCCUCAUUAAAACGGCCAGUUUGAAAGCCAAGGUAGCCAAGGAGCUCUGGCCCGCCGUUGGGACGGCAAGGACUCUUGGUCCUUCCUUUUCGAUUUCGGACGCGUGCUGUCUGAUUGCUCCGUGGAUGGACGAAUGCAAAUCAUUCCAUUGCGAAUGUACUAGGGACGAGGACGAGAACCCACCCUUGCCGACGCGCCUGCUGGCAGUUGGGGAUGAAAAUGGAACGGCUCCGUACCUGUACGAAACACAAGCAAACGAAAUAGGGCAAUACGCUGCCCUUAGUCAUUGCUGGGGUCCGCCCGAACACCUCCCUCCCAGAACAACCAGAGAAAACCUGGGCCUGCGAAGACUGUCGAUUCCAAUAGAGGAGCUUCCACCAACGUUUUCCGAGGCUGUCCAGCUCUGUCGAGGCUUGGGGAUUCCUUACCUCUGGAUCGACUCUCUCUGCAUCAUCCAAGAUGAUGCUGCCGAUUGGGAGCGAGAAGCGGCUCGUAUGCAACAAGUAUACAAGAAUGCGGUCCUGACCAUCUCGGCCGACGGCGCCGUGAACAGCAGGGUGGGCUUAUUCAAGCCGGUACGUGACCGCAGGCUUCCUCGGUCCGUCACCACGUGCUGUCCCGUCGUCGCCGUCGCCGAAAGCGAGGGCGCUGCUACUACCGAGCGGUCCGAGCCAGAACGUCUUUGUGGUCGAAGAACCGACUUGUAUGUGGGCCUCGAGCACGAGUGGAUUCUUUCGCGGCGCAUCGCCCAUUUUACCACGGGCGAGCUCCUCUGGGAUUGUCUAGGGGCCGAAGGAUGUGAAUGCCAGACCCAGUUAACUUCGCGAACAUCGACGUCCGACAUACGGCGCCAAGCGUUGCCUGAGGGCCACGGCUAUUGGGGCACAAUCGACAAUGCAGAGUACUGGGGGACAAUGACUUCCCGCUCUCUCUGGUGUAGCAAAAUCCUCUGCUGGCGAAAGGCUCCCCAAUGA